AUGGGGUUUUCCAGAACUUUGGCUUUCCUCUUAGUCCCAUACUUGCUGCUGGGGGCGAAUGCUUCCUUGGUCCAACUGAAUGACAAUGGCUAUGAAGACAUCAUCAUUGCCAUCCAACCUAAUGUGCCAGAAGAUCUGACUAUAAUUGAACAGAUAAAGGACAUGGUGACUAAAGCUUCUACUUACCUGUUUGAAGCGACCGAAAAAAGAUUUUUUUUCAGAAAGGUAUCUAUAUUAAUUCCUGAGAAUUGGACCGACAACAAUCAAUACAAGAGGCCAAGACGUGAGAGCUACCAACACGCUGAUAUUUUAGUCGCACCACCUACCCACCCAGGUAGAGAUGAUCCAUACACCAGGCACUUCAUGGACUGUGGAGAGAAGGGCGAGUUCAUUCACCUCACCCCUGACUUUGUACUGGGGAAAAAAACAGCCGAGUAUGGACCAUCAGGUAAAGUGUUGGUCCACGAGUGGGCCCACCUCCGGUGGGGCGUGUUUGAUGAGUACAACGAGGAUACACCCUUCUAUGCUGCUGCCUCGUCAAAAAGAGUGGAAGCAACAAGGUGUUCCGCAGGUAUCACUGGUCAGAAUGGAGUUCCCCAAUGUUCAGGAGGCAGCUGUGUAACAAAACGAUGCAGAGUUGAUCCUCAGACAAAACUGUAUGAAAAAGGUUGUCAAUUUUUCCCUAAUAAGGUGCAAAAGUCAAAGGGAUCCAUAAUGUUUAUGCAAAGUAUUGAUUCUAUCGCUGAAUUCUGUAAUGCCAAAAACCAUAAUCGCGAAGCUCCAAAUCUACAAAACGAAAAAUGCGAUUUCCAAAGCACAUGGGAGGUGAUCAGUAAUUCUGAGGAUUUUAAUGUCACCACACCUAAUGCCACCAGUCUACACCCUCCUGUCUUCUCCUUACUGAGGAUCCGUGAAAGAAUUGUGUGCUUGGUUCUUGAUAAGUCUGGGAGCAUGGCGGGUUUAUAUGACGGCAUUGUUCGCCUAGAUCGGCUGAAUCAAGCAGCAAAAUAUUUCCUACUGCAGAUCAUUGAAGAUGGAUCCUGGGCUGGAAUGGUUCAUUUUGAUAGUUAUGCCACAGUGGUAGGUGACCUGAUCCAAAUAACAAGCAGCAAUGACAGAAACCAGCUUAUUGGGAAAUUACCUACAGUAGCUAGUGGAGGAACUUCCAUCUGCUCUGGAAUACAAACAGCUUUUCAGGAGAUUAGAAAGAAGUUCCAGGGAACAAGUGGAUCUGAAAUAAUGCUGCUGACUGACGGAGAGGACAACACUGUAUCGUCAUGUAUGGAUGAGGUGAAACAAAGUGAAGCGAUUGUUCAUGUGAUUGCUUUGGGACCAUCAGCUAAUGAAUUAAUAAUAGAGAUGGCCUCAAUGACAGGAGGAAUUCAUCAAUUUGCUUCAGACAAUGCCCAGAGCAAUGGCCUCAUUGAUGCUUUUGGAGCCCUUGCAUCAGGAAACACGGAUCUCUCUAAGAAGGCUCUCCAGCUUGAAAGUAAAGGAUUGUCCCUCACCAGUGACCUCUGGAUGAAUGGAACUGUAGUCAUUGAUAGCACCGUGGGAAAGGAGACGUUCUUUCUCGUCACUUGGAACCGAGCAGCGCCCCAAAUUUCUCUCUGGGAUCCCAAGGGAACACUGGUGGGAACAUUCACAGAGGAUACAAAAUCCAAAAUGGCAUAUUUCACGAUUCCAGGAACUGCCACGGUGGGCACUUGGAUUUACAGUCUUAAAGGCACAGCAAACCAAGAAGUAUUAACUAUCACAGUAACUUCCCAAGCAUCAGAUCCUUCUGUACCUCCAAUCACAGUGACAACUAAAAUGAAUAAAGGCACAAACAGCUUCCCCAGCCCAAUGAUCGUUUAUGCGGAAGUUCAACAGGGGUUCCUACCUGUUCUCGGAGCUACUGUGACUGCCUUCAUUGAAUCAGCAAAGGGGCAUGUGGAAACUUUGGAACUUUUGGAUAAUGGUGCAGGUGCUGAUUCUUUGAAGAACGAUGGGGUCUACUCCAGGUAUUUUACAGCUUACACAGAGAGGGGCAGGUACAGCUUAAAAGUACGAGCUCAUGGAGGAAAAAACACUGUCACGCGAAGCUUGGGGCAUCCAUCGAAUAAAGCUCUCUAUAUACCAGGCUGGGUGGUGGAUGGGAAAAUUGAAGGGAAUCCACCAAGACCAGAAAUAAAUGAAGAUAAUCAGACCCCUCUGGAGAAUUUCAGCAGAACUGCAACGGGAGAUGCUUUUGUGAUUUCAAAUGCCCCACCUCCAAAUUCACCUGAUCAGUACCCACCAAAUCAAAUCACAGACCUGGAUGCGAAGUCCAAUGAGGAUCAGAUUACGCUCACGUGGACUGCGCCAGGAGAUGAUUUUGAUGUUGGCAAAGUUGAACGGUAUGUCAUAAGAAUAAGUGGAAGCAUCCUGGAUCUAAGGGACAACUUUGACAAGGCUCUUCAAGUGAACACCACUGAGCUACUGCCAAGUGAAGCCAACUCCAAGGAAACCUUUGUCUUUAAGCCAGGCAACGUCGCAGAAGAAAAUGCAACAUAUAUAUACAUUGCCAUGCAGAGUGUGGACAAAAGCAAUCUGACAUCAAAAGUCUCUAAUGUGGCUCAAGUCCCUUUGUUUGUUCCUCAAGCAGAUCCAGGUCCUGAUACUAACCCUGAUAACCCUCAGAAUCCCAGUGGGGACAAUCACAAUACUGGGGUUAACAUUUCUACCGUGGUGUUGGCUGUGGUUGGGUCUGUGGCACUUGUUAGCAUUAUUUUAAGUUCCACCAUCUGUGUUUUAAAGAAAAAGAAAAAUGCAAAUAGACCGAGGACUGGGUUUUAA